UGGUCAGAGAUGGUUGCACGUAUGAAGUGGUGACCGUUGGCGGUAUGGACUGGGAUAACUUGGAGUUAAAACCUAGUGUUUUGCUCGCCGUUAAGAAAGCAAAAAUUCAAUCAUCUAAGGAGAUCUUAAGUUUGUCAGGACUGGAACUCCAAACACUACUGAAGCUUUCCCAGGCUGAUGUCCUUCACUUGCAGAAGAUAGUGGCAGCUUCUAUCAGGAAAACUCCAGCUAUAACAGCCCUACAACUGCUUCGAGGAGAAUGCCCAUCCUUUGACCAGACAACAAAACUGAGCCUUGGUUGCCCUAUUCUAGACAAGUUUUUGAGGGGUGGCCUACCACUUGUUGGUAUUACAGAGUUAGCAGGGGAAAGUUCUGCAGGAAAGACUCAAAUCUGUAUGCAGCUAUGUUUAUCUGUGCAGUAUCCUCAAAAAUAUGGUGGAUUAGGUGCAGGAGCUGUCUACAUCUGCACAGAGGAUGCAUUUCCAGCCAAGCGGUUACAACAGCUAAUCAGUCUGCAACAUCGACUCAGGCCAGAGGUCCCAGUGGAAGUUAUGAGGAGUAUCGCAUUUGGAAACAAUAUCUAUAUUGAGCAUGCAGGAGAUCUGGAAUCGUUGAAUAUGUGUGUUUCCAAAAGAAUACCGAUAUUAAUGUCCCGGGGGUUGGUACGUCUAGUUGUGCUUGACUCUGUAGCAGCUCUUUUUCGCUGUGAAUUCGAAGCAAAAGAUGCCAUUGUCAAGGCCAAACACCUGAAGACAUUGGGAGCAAUGUUGCAUAACCUCAGCAGCAGUUUCAAGACACCUAUUGUAUGUGUCAACCAGGUUACAGAUGCAGUGGAUGAAUCAAGGUUGAUGGAAGGCAACUUUGGGAUACUGGAGAAGAAAGUUUUGCCAGCUUUGGGAUUAACAUGGUCAAGUCAGGUUUUAAUCAGACUGAUGGUGAGUCGGACACACUUAUCUGUGCAGGAUCGUUUUCCACAGUUGACAAAUCAUCUUUGGCACUUGGGCAACAUUCUCAGAACCAUGGAGGUGAUAUUUGCCCCUCAUAUUGCACAAUCUUUUUGUUUUUACACCAUUGGCAUGGAUGGUGUUCGAGGCAUUCAAGCUAACAAUGCAGAGCAGGCCUCCACACAGAACAUAUGAAGACAUUUUGAAGACUGCAAGGAAGACAUGGUGAAAGGAUGGCUUUAAAAGAAGAAGCAUUUACCUUAUUGUUUUGAUCCUGUAAAUAUCUUGUAUUCUCAAAGGGUAACGUGUACCAUCUGUAGACUUCUGUCUCAUAACCAGACGUGUGUGUGAGUACAUGGUGAAAAUGAGAAGGGCAAAAAGCCAUGAAAAGAUGGACCUUUGCUCGCUAUGGUGUUGGGUCGAGUGACUACACGUGUUGAGCUGUACAGAUAAGACAUGGCAUAACAACCAAGUGCACUCAUGGAACACAUUCUUAGUUACUUUACCUUACCAAGUUUUUACUUAGACUCAAUAAAAAGUGACAUUUUCAAAUGUGUAAUAUUUUUCAGAUUUUAAAG